UGGGAGCGCGUGAGGUAGCGCAGAGCAGGUUUGAACGGCAGACUGACGGUGUGUCGGGCAGACCGGAGACCGGAGACAGGAGCAGACCCUGUCCUGGAGGACUACGCUCUCUUUUUGUGGAUUUCAAACCGGAGCAGCUCCGUGUGUUCACAGAAUCGUUGUUUUCUUUUUGUUUUUUCUGGUCACGUUUUCAAACGAGAUCCGGGUGGUGAGACACCGGGGGAAAGGGAGAGCGAGAGUCCGCUGGAAGAAGCUGCUUUCCCCGCAGAGGGACGCCAACAAAGAGCAUUCAAGGAAGUAGUGUGUUGCCUGGCGAGGUAACGCAAGUUAGUUGAGCAACAAAUAGAAAGUGCGGCAGCGGGCUCGGUCUUCACCAUGGCUCACCGCAGACUCCUCCGUGCCGCGUUCACCUUACUGUUUUUUGUUCUGUGCCUAAACGCGGGAAUUUUUCGAGUAAACGGACAGUACGGCGGCGGUGACCGAGGAAUGUCUAUACCGGAGCACGGAUUCUGUCAGCCCAUUUCCAUUCCGCUGUGUACGGACAUCGCGUACAACGAGACUAUCAUGCCGAACCUGCUGGGUCACACCAACCAGGAGGACGCGGGGCUCGAGGUCCAUCAGUUCUACCCGCUGGUGAAGGUCCAGUGCUCUCCGGAUUUAAAGUUCUUCCUCUGCUCCAUGUAUGCGCCCGUGUGCACGGUGCUCGAGCAGGCUCUGCCCCCGUGCCGCUCUCUGUGCGAGCGCGCGCGGCAGGGCUGCGAGGCGCUCAUGAACAAGUUCGGCUUCCAGUGGCCCGACAGCCUCGCGUGCGAGUCCUUCCCGGUGCACGGCGCGGGAGAGCUGUGCGUGGGUCAGAACAUGUCGGACCGCAGCGAGCCCGAGCCACCCGGUCAGUAUCCCACCGAGCGCACGCUCCCUGACCCCAUGAACGGUCAGUUCAGGUGCCCGACCUCGCUCAGGGUGCCUGCCUACCUGAACUACCGCUUCCUCGGGCAGGAGAACUGCGGCGCACCGUGCGAGCCGAAACGGUCUCACGGCAUGAUGUACUUCAGCGAGGAGGAGCUCAAAUUCGCGAGGAUAUGGAUCGGCAUCUGGUCGGUGCUGUGCUGUGCUUCCACUUUAUUCACCGUGCUGACCUACUUGGUGGACAUGAAGCGCUUCAGCUACCCGGAGCGGCCCAUUGUCUUCCUUUCUGGCUGCUACACCAUGGUGUCCAUCGCCUAUAUUGCUGGGUUUUUACUGGAGGACAAAGUGGUUUGCAAUGACAGGUUUGACAAUGACAUAAGGACUGUGGUGCAGGGCACGAAGAAGGAGGGCUGCACCAUCCUCUUCAUGAUGCUGUACUUCUUCAGCAUGGCCAGCUCAAUCUGGUGGGUCAUUCUGGCUCUCACUUGGUUCCUGGCAGCGGGGAUGAAAUGGGGCCACGAAGCCAUCGAGGCAAACUCUCAGUACUUUCACCUGGCGGCCUGGGCCGUGCCAGCCAUCAAGACCAUUACCAUCCUGGCUGUCGGGCAGGUGGACGGAGACGUGUUGAGCGGGGUCUGCUUCGUUGGCAUCAACAGCGUGGACGCCCUGCGAGGCUUCGUCCUGGCGCCUCUGUUCGUCUACCUGUUCAUCGGAACCUCCUUCCUCCUGGCUGGUUUCGUGUCCCUGUUUCGCAUCCGGACCAUCAUGAAGCACGACGGCACCAAGACGGAGAAGCUGGAGAAGCUGAUGGUGCGGAUAGGGAUCUUCAGCGUGCUGUACACCGUGCCGGCCACCAUCGUCAUCGCCUGCUACUUCUACGAGCAGGCCUUCAGAGAGCAGUGGGAGAGGACGUGGAUCAGCCAGACGUGUAAGACGUACGCCGUGCCGUGUCCGGCCCAGAACCACCCCAACAUGAGCCCCGACUUCACCGUAUUCAUGAUAAAGUAUCUCAUGACUCUCAUUGUGGGUAUCACAUCCGGCUUCUGGAUCUGGUCUGGGAAGACCCUCAACUCCUGGAGGAGGUUUUACACGAGACUGGCCAACAGUAAACAAGACACUUUUUCAUACUUUGGACAUAAUGGAAUUGUACUUAAUCAUCACAGAGAGCCAGCUGACCGUCAAGGAUCCCGAGGUCUCAUGACCUGACUUACUGUGGACAACCACUGGGAGUAUUUUCACAUCGAGUGUUUGUGUCUUUGAUCAGUGACCUGCCACUGAGUGUCGGCUCUAUUCUAAGCAGAAUCCCGUGAAACCCAAGUGCUUCCUCGUGGCUCCCUCUUAUCCUGAUUAACCAGCUGUAGUUUGUGUCUGUUCUACAGUCGAGCAGCAGUUGCCCGCCUGCCGUCUGUCUGAAGGGAAAUGUCAGCAGUCUGGGACAAGCGAACGGUGCACAGGUUGUGAAUGUGAGUCAUUGUGACAGAUGGUUGUGGCCUGUAGCUCAGGCCCUGACAGUUCUAACAUUCCUUUCCAAAUAAAGCACACACAAUCAUGUCAGGUUAAAGGACCAUACCAGUGUUUUUGCAUGUUUUAGUUCACCUACUCUCAGGCAGUUUGUAUUUUUAGUGUGUGUUUUUCCACCUGUCUACUUACAGACCUGUCUGAAACAGCUUAAAUUAGGUGAUUCAGCACGGUGACCACCAUGCCGGCUUCACUUGGUUAAAGUUGUGAUGUCGUACAUAAUGCAUGUGUGCGUUGCAGGUUGAGUCACUUCAAUAUGGCACACCGGUUUCACAACUUUGACCAAAAUGAAAGCAGAUGAGACGUUCACUGACCAGUGUCCAGACUCUACGUGUUGAUGUUUGAUCUGCAGUAAAGCAGGAAGGAAAAAAAACACACGAGAAAAUCUUUUUUUUUUCUUUUUCUUUUUUUUUUUUUGCUGCUGCGGCGUUAAAAAUGUCAGUCAUUUGUGCUGUAAUGGCCUUCAACAUGCAAAAAUACUUGUGAGUUCAUUCAAAGGUGAUUCAAAACAGCUUUAAUGUGAGCUGUGUGUUCAGCUACAGAGCUGGAAAAACCUGUGUGUGUGUGUGUGUGUGUGUGUGUGUGUGUGUGUGUGUGUGUGUGUGUGUGUGUGUGAGAUUAUACAUUUGUCUGUAUACAGUGCUGUGUAAAGUCACUGGACACCCUUUGAGUCUUUAUGGUUUACGUUGCUCAUUUGUAAUAGAUCAAACUAAUUAGUUCAGGACAACACAUUUGCCUUAGGAUGUUUUUUAACAGACAUUUUUCUGAUAUUUUUUGGAAAACAAAUCAUCUUUAGAUGAAUCAAUAGUGAAAACUGACUUCAGAGUUUAAACUGCUCAAACCUCCUCGUCUCAUGCAGCUCAGGCCUUGUGUUCAGGCUGAAGUCGUCUCAGCAGAGCUCCAGUGAAUUCUGGGGUGUUGCGUGAGUUCAGUUUGAGAAGACGUGAGCAUGUUGAGGAAUGUGAGGCGUAUCGACUGAUGGUUCAGAUUUCAAAAGAAAAACAGACGAUCAAACUGCCCUUACUUUAUCUGAGAGAGCAGGAGGGUUGAGUUCAUGUUCUCAGUCAGUGUUCUAUGUUUUAUUCUUUAUUCAUGUAGAAAGCCCUCAUGGCACAGUAAGUUUGUAUAUUCUAACAUGAUUAGAAUGAAAGAGCUCGAGGUGUGUCCAAACUUUAACACAGCACUGUAACUGAGGGAAUAUCUGGAGUCGAUGGCGGGGGCCUGUGUGUCACGCUCGCACAUCAUAAAUGUAACAAAACAUCUUUUCGAUUCAUUUUCACGACACGUUUUCUUCGGUCUGGAGGUUGAACGUGUCAGUCAUUGUUGCGGAGUCUUUUGUUGAUGUGUAAUGUGAUCCCACUGAACGUAGCUGCGUACAUGUCUGCACUGUGGGACUGAAGAGCAGCCAGCAGCUCGCAUGUCUUCCACUGCAGGAGAAAAGAAGCCUUGUGUUGAAAUGCAGAGCGGCUGCUGUCAGUGCAGCUCGGCUCUCACACACACACUCACACACACACACACACACACAUCAUGACUUGUGUUCUUGUCAAAUACUCCUCCACACGGUGCUUCCGGUUCAUAAUAAUCCUUUUAUUGUGUUGACGGCUCUACAAUAGUCACAGCUUUGAAGUAAUUUCCUUUGCAUUUGCUAUGAAGAGAACCUUUAUAUUUAUAGAAAAGAAUCUUAUAUAUACACUACAUUGAUUGCUUUAUGAGAAUAAAAACAAUCUCACCAUUGCAACUAUC